AUGUUGAAAUUACUCACCAUCAAUUUUCCUUCUUGUUCAGGAACUAACUGGCUGAUUGAGAUUGUCUGCUUGAUUCAGACCAAGGGGAAUUCCCAGUGGAUUCAAUCUGUGCCUAACUGGAAUCGCUCACCCUGGUUAGAGACUAAAGUGGGAUAUCCAAUUUUAACCAAUCAGGAAGGACCACGCCUCAUCAGCUCUCAUCUUCCCUUCCAUCUUUUCCCCAAGUCUUUCUUCAGUUCCAAGGCCAAGAUGAUCUAUGUCAUCAGAAAUCCCAGAGAUGUUCUUGUGUCUGGUUAUUUUUUCUUUCAUAAGACAAACAUUAUUAAGAAUCCAGAGUCUUUUAUAAAUUAUUUUGAAUGGUUCCUCAAAGGAAAUGUUAUAUUUGGAUCAUGGUUUGAGCACACCCGUGCCUGGCUGUCCAUGAGAGAAAGGGACAACUUCCUGCUUUUGAGCUAUGAAGACCUGAAACAGGUAACCAACAUUCUUAUUUCAACCACAAACCCUCUCACAAACCUACCCCAUGGAGCAUCCCACAUUCUUCAGUGUUGCCAUGUCAGUGUUAGGCUCAUGAGCACUCACUAAAAGUUAGAUUAUUGC